AUGUCAUAUUAUAUUUCCAUCCACCAUGGCCCAGGUGUUGAUGAGAGCCCCGAGAACAUAUGGGUCAAUAUCACCUUUACUCCUAGACAGUGUUAUUACCUUCGCACCGACGGAGCGUUGAUUUGCUAUAUCAUUGAACGUAUUCGGGAAAAGAAGUUUGAACUUGGUCGGGAACCCAAGGAUCGACAUUAUAGGUGGUGUAUCUCGAUACCAGUCUCAAAACCACAUAGAACCAUGGACGGAAUUGUUGCCGACGCUUUACAACUGGCGGAGUGGUACAGGGUCCAAAUUCUGAAUGGGAAUGCAAGUAUCAACCGCGAGCUACUAUUUGAUCGGAAGCCCUAUGAGGGAGGUAAGGAAUGCUGUAGAGAUAAUGUGUGUGAUCGGAUACUGCAUCCGGAGUGGUGGGUUAAAGAUACUAGUGAAGAUGCUGGCAAGGACGCUAGUACAGAUGCUAGUGAGGAUAUUAGUAAAGACGCUAGUCCAGAUGCUAGUAAAGAUGCUAGUCCGGAUACUAGCCAAGGUUCUAGUAAAAACUCUUAG